GUGUGUGAAACUAAAGGUUACAGAGGUUGCAUGUUGCUAACUUAAUAUUAUUUUGGAGCAUGCAAACCCCAGCUGUUUUAAAUAUGUAGUUAGAAUGGUCUGAAUGUUCUCAUAUAGGGGUACAAUAAACUCAUUUAGGGUUUCUGAGAAUUUGAAAUGAGAGGUGAUCUUCUAAUUUAAACAGAACAAUUAGGAUUUAUUUAAUGAGUGGCAUACUAUCCAAGAAUAUAAGGACAAUAAGUCUCUCAGGGAGAAAAGGGUUGAGUCUUUGCUUCCAGUGAUCAGGUUAUCAAAUAGUAUAUUUCAGUCACCUUCCUUAACCAUACUCAAGUAAAUGUUCUGAGUACAAAUUAUCUAGAAAGCUUAAAAUAGGCACACAAAUCUCUAUCUGGCUUCCAUAAUGGAUAUAGAAACACAAUUUCCUGAAUGAAUCUUGUCAAUUGGAAAUGCAAACCUAGUUUUAUAAUUUCUUGUACAAUAUGCUGGUUCUUUUGGCUUAUGAAGGGAUGUAGCUCAUUUGCAACCAUGGAGAUAGCAUCUGAAAUAGCUCCAAAAUCUGAAGACAUUCUUCACAGAGCAAAUGCCAUUUGUGGCAUACUGUGGGGACACAUAAUGACUUCAUACAACAUAUGAAGUUAUAAGCUGUCAGAUACAAAUCAGUGUAGAUUAUUCUUGUAGGAGGUGCAUUGAACGCUAGCUAAUAUGUAUAUAUAUGUACAUAUUCAUGAGAUAAUUUUAGUAUAUUAUAUGAGACAUUGAAUGUAGUACAUACUUGUUAUGUUCUAACUAGUCUAUUUGUGUUUACUGUUGACUCAUUCUGGCCAAAAAUUUAUGUCAUUCCAAAAUCUAAUAUUUUAAGAUUCAUAUCAUGGUCAAGAAGAAUGUUACUUAGCUUUCAAAUAUCUAUGUAUCACUCUCACCCUUGAAUAUUUGUGAAGGUAGAGAAGUCCUUGUGCAACUCAUUCAAUGAUGCCAAUGCGUCUAUUCCAAUCCAACAAUUUCUUCUAAGAUUAACAUUAGAAAUGUAGUUAGUAGAUAAUCUAAAGUAGAUGCAACUGUUGCAGAGGAAGGAAUUAUUAUACCACCAGAAGAGGAAGGAGUUUGUGCUUUUAUUAGAAAUGUAUGUAUUUGUAAAUUAACAUCUUCUCCUCUUUUCCACAGCAACCCUAAAGCCUCACUAGGUUCAGAUGUUGAAGGUCAGCUAUCAAGGUAAUCUCAUUCAUGAACUCUCCACUCCCUGCCCGGAUUUUCUUGCUAAUCUUUUUUUAGCUACAAUCAAUUGCCCGUCCAGUAGUGUACCCUGGACAUUACAAUCUAGAUGUCACUUUAAUUUCUUGAAUCAGCCCAGAAUAGAAGUUCCAAGAAUUACCUUGUGAACAGGUCCAGAAUCAUACCUUCUCCUAGCAUGUUGGCCGGGGAGAAGUUAUCUGUGGCAUCGACUAUUUCUGAAACGGACGGGAUAGCUAGUCUUUUCAGUUCUUUUUAGAUUGUAGAGAAGGGAAAAUUGUUUUUUCUUUUACCUGAUUAAAUCCUUUGCUUACAUCAACAUGCAUUACAAAUUUUCAUUUGUUGAUAUAGAAACAAUAAGACUGUUUCAUGCAG